CGUCACUCGCUCCGCCUCUAGUAGUAGUUCACGUCCUCCAGCCAUUAAAAGGGGUGAUGCAACGAGCCGGCGACAACUGUAACUUUACCAGCUGAGCGCGAGAACACUCCAGCCGGAGGAGAGCAUCACAACACGCGCGUUUUAUUCAGUCAAAACAAGAUUUCGGAAUGAUGCUUCAGCAUCCUGGUUUGGGUCCCUUUGAGAUCAGUGCAUCAGCUUUGGUUCCCUGCCUCUCCCCGCCCGGCUCACUCACACUGGACGACUUCACCAACUUCACCCCAUUAGUGAAAGAAGAGCUGCGCUACGCCAUCCAGAACAAACGCAUGUCCAACGGCCUGAGCACCUUGACCUCUGAUAGAGCGUGUAUGAACAGCGAACGACCCACUGAACAACCUGUAAUGAAGCGGGAGGCCAAUCCAGAGGAAAGUGAACGAAAAAAAAGAAGGAGGGAAAGAAACAAAAUUGCAGCAGCAAAAUGCCGAAACAAGAAAAAGGAGAAAACUGACCAUUUACAAAAGGAGUCAGAGAAGUUGGAGUCCAUCAAUGCUGAGUUGAAAGCCCAGAUUGAGGAGCUCAAGAACCAAAAACAGCAGCUAGUUUACAUGCUCAACCUGCACAGGCCCACCUGUAUUGUCCGUGCUCAGAACGGCCAGACUCCUGAAGACGAGAGGAAGCUCUUUAUCCAACAAAUCAAAGAGACCACCCUGCAGGGUCUGAAUCUUACCACAAGUGGACCAACACACACCGCGAUACCAACUAGCUGUGGGCAUCUCUGAAUCACAAACUGUACAGGCAAGAAGCUAAUGGCUCUGCAGUCCUCGCCAAGGAACACUGGAAGGUUCACCCACGUUAUAAAGGACUAAACACGGGUGCCUGCCAUGCUGCCACUCAAGGUCGGUCUGAAGUACACUGAAAGAGACUGUUAAAGCACUGAAGUGUUGAAGGACGUCUGAUGCGUUUUUCUCUUAUUUAAAUGUGUUCGUAAAUGUAUGAUAUGCUUUUUGUAUGCACCAAAGCUUGAUGUCAUGUUGAUGCUAGAACAACAUGAUUUCAUUUAUUUAUCAGCUUGUUGGUUAAAUUAAACCCUGGCGGUGUGUUUGACAGCAAGUACUAUUCUAGUGAGGGGGAAAACGUAGUGAUUUGUGUGUAUCUUUUUCAUUUUUUGGCAGACAUACAGGGUGAAUGAAGUUGUUUAAUUUAGUUACAUAUUUAUCUGUGGCCUCUGCCUUGUUAAGUGUCCACAUAACAUGCCACGUGAAGUAUUUCAAGCUGCUACUAAUCUCUCAGGACUGGGUCUAUAUAUAUAUAUAUAUAUAUUACAGGAAACUCUAACUAAAACAGAUAAAAUAACAGGGAAGUCGACGCGGAGUGGACUUUGAGACGCUACUUACAAGGAAGUCCCUACCCUUCACCACUGAAAGCCUAUCUAUCACCUCACCCAUAUAAAUAUAUUGUUGUUACAAUGCUGUGAGCAGGAGGGUCUGCAUUUAUCAGCACACUGUAAAAAAAAAAGGAAAAAAGUGUUUUUGUGCUUUUAGCAAGGACAUACUUAUUUUCUGAUGUAUACUGUAGCUGUGUGUUGUUAUUGUCUAGAUGCACAAACCUCUACACUCCCAGCUAACAGAACAUUCUGACAAGGUUCUCUCGAAGUUAUGAGCAAACGUUCUUCCGGUAACAUUAAUCGAAUGUUCUUUCAUGUGGUUUUUAAUAAUGUUCUCAAAAUGUUGUUUAUACAUUGUUCAUGGAACAUUUUUUUUCUGAAAUGUUUUAGAUUGUUCUGAAACGAGUUGUAAGUAGACAAUCAGAGAACAUUCAAAAGUAACGUUCCCAUAAUGUUUGCAAAAAAUGUUUAAAUGGAACAUUCCAACCCAAUCUCACGGCAAUUCGUACGUAUUUGACGAGGUGGCUAAUUCGUACGAAUUUGUACAACCUCACUCGAACAAAUUCGUACAAAUUUUGCUAAAUCGUAUGUAUUUUACAAGUUCCCAAUUUGUAUGAAUUCGUACGAAUGACCUACCCUUAAACCUACCCGUCACCCAAAUCGUAGGAGUGAGGUCGUACGAAUUAGCCACCUCGUCAAAUACGUACGAAUUGGUCGUGAGAUAAACUAACGUUGAACAUUCCCUUAAUGUUUCCUCUAACGUUUGCAUAACCAGGAAAGCUUUGGGGAAAAAAAAUUUAACAAAUUUUAAAGUUUCAGAGAACAUUAUGAAAUAACGUUUUCGUAAGUUAAUGUGAAUGUUAGCAAAACGUUCUUAGAACAUUUUUGUUAGCUGGGCUUAUCCUAAAUGGAAAAAAAAGCUUAAAAUAUUCAAUGUAAAGCUUAAACUUUUCAACGUGAAGCUCUUAAUAAUUGUCUUGUUAUGUUCCUGGAUCAUGUGUCAACCAAUUUUAGUCACGCCAUGUUGUUAGUGAAGAAACACAUACCACAAGACAUCUGAUCAGGCAGUGUGACUGCAUUGCCUAAUAUUGCAGAAAGGUGUAAGAAAAUUUAAAAACAUCAUUUCUACCAGACAGAGGAAAACCCCUUAUUGUUUCACAAACUUCUGCCUCUUGUUUUUGAGUAUAGUCUAAAUUUAUGUUCUGCCAUGUACCGAAAGGUUAAGUGACGCAGGCGUCAGGUAGCUUUUUCCUUUUUUUUGUAUUUGUUCAAACAGGCAUGCCACAAACUGUGGUACUACUGACAUUAAAUGUGUAAUAAAGACAAAGCUAUGCUUUCUAUUUGUGAUUAAAACAGGUUUUAUCCAUCACGCCAUUUCGGUCCACAUCAAAGUGUUCAAGUGCAAUUGCUACCAUAAGUCAUGAUUGAGAAGAUAAUGGCCUGCAACAUUCAAUUGCAUAUUUAUAUGAAAUAUAUAUGGCUUCAUUUUGACUGUCUGUUGUUUGUUUUUGAUACUUUAUUAAUAAAAAAUGAUACCACUUGCA